AUAUUGUUGUCUGUCUAAUCAGCAUCUUAUUAUGCCCCACCUGUGAGGUUUGUGGAUUAUUCCAGCAAAAUGUUCACACAGUUACACAUUUGAGAGAAAUGGCUUUUCCAUACAAUCACAAAGUCUCAGAUCUUCGACUUCAGCUUUUAUAAAACGAGAGUAUAAAAUAAUUAGAUUUAGAGUUUUUGUUCAGCGUAUAACUAUGGCAUCUAUUUCUCGUAAACUACGGUGGCCGAGUUAACAUGACGGCAAACAAUGCAACAAUACCAACUGCUCCCAUGAUGCACUUCUUCAGCUUGUUCUUCCGGUUUCCCGGCAUGCAACGCUCCUUAAAAAAAAUGGCGGCCGAGGGCAUUCACAACAAAUAGGUGUCAUCUUUUGGUUCUCGCACCGGUGAGUUUAUACGUAUUAAGUUAAUAUUAGUGUUGUCAGCGGAGUCUUCACAAUGCCGAAAUAUUACGAGGAUAAGGAGGAAGACAACCGAGCCUGUGCCGGCAUAAGAGAGGACUUCAAGACAUGUCUCCUUCAACAUGACUGCGUCGUUAAGGAGGGGAAGAUGCCCAGUGAGUGCUUGAAGCAAGGCCACUGCAAAGCCCUGCAGAUAUCAUUCUUUGAAUGCAAGAGGUCCAUGCUGGACACAAGGUCAAGAUUCAGAGGAAGAAAAGGAUAUUAAAGAACUAAGAUGGCAUCACAUGCCAAAGACCGCAAGGCAGGCCAACUGUGCCAGUGAAGCGUCUCCUCUUCCUCCUUGCUUGAACACGUCAAAAGGUCAGGCAGCAACUAAGGACUGGAAAAUAUUUAACAACAAUGCACUCUGAUGCAAAACGUUGCUUAACCACAAAGCAAAUAAAAGGGGGAGGCAUUUUUUGCUUUGA